AAUACAGUCGAGACAUUGACAACGCCAUCCAAGAGGUGGAGGAGAGUGGGCUCGUCAUAAACGAAUGGUGCCACCUGGCUCCCGAGAGUGAGUUGCAAAGACUCGAAUGCGUUGAGGAAAUGAACGCGAGAGAUGAACCGAACGACAACGUGGAGGAAAAUGUCCCGGACUAUAACGUCAGGUCCAAAACAACGCAAAUGUCCAUCGUGACAGAGCCUGCUGCCAUCGAUCCCGCGGUGUUACGCGACAUGUAUCGUAACCUGAACCAAAAGCAAGCGUCCGUCUUCUACAAGGUCAGAGAUUGGUGCAUAAAACGUGUGUGUAGCUCAAAGCCCAUUGAGCAGUUCUUCUACCACAUCAACGGUGGCGCCGGGACCGGCAAAUCUCAUCUCAUCAAGUGUAUCCACGCUGACGCUACCAAAAUACUGCAGAGACUACCACGACUGGCUGAGGAGGCCGACAUUUCCAAGCAAACGGUUGUUCUCGCAGCUUUCACUGGCACGGCGGCGUUCAACAUUUCCGGGGCAACGUUGCAUUGUCUACUCAAACUGCCGAGAAGUCUCAAACCCCCGUACCACGGGCUGGGCAAUAAACUGGACGAAGUCCGAGCCGAGCUGUCCAUCGCCGAAAUACUCAUCAUCGAUGAGAUUUCCAUGGUGUCGAAAGACCUCUUCGCCUACGUGAAUGCCAGGUUGAAACAAAUCAAAGGAAUUAAUUUACCUUUCGGUGGCAUGUCUGUUCUUGCUGUUGGAGAUUUCUUUCAGCUCCCUCCCGUGAGACAGUCCAAACCUCUGUGCGUGUACGAUCCUACGCGGCUGGACCACUGGCGUGACGACUUCAAAAAGAUCACGCUCACCGCCAUCAUGAGGCAGAAAGACGAUGUCGCCUUUGCCGAACUGCUGAACCGACUCCGCGUCAAAGAAAAGUCAGAUGAACUGUCGGAAAUGGACAGAGCUCUCCUUGCCACGAGGUGGAUGGCCAUAACUCUGCGAUGCUGGAACUGCUUCAUAAGGACAUUGUGCAGAUUGACGCGGAUGACUACAAGAAAGACAAAGGAACUGGCAGAAUGGCAAGACUGGAGGAGAAGCUGAACAAGGCUGGAGUGACGCGCCGACAGUUUCCCAUCAAGCUUGCUUUUGCCUGCACGAUCCACAAGGUACAAGGCAUGACAACGUCAC